GAUUGUACAGAGCAGUUAAAAGCCACAGAGGCUGGAACUGUCGGCAUCUCCAUGCUUGAGACUCAGCGGUGUCACAGAGUUAAGUGAUACCAGACAAGUCAUAGCUGCUCUCCGUGUGUUUCCUGCUCUUUACAACCAGAGGAACAGAGAUCUGAUUUGUAUCCAGUCUGAUCAGCACUCCCUCACAUAAGCCUUUCCAGGCCCAGGACUCCAGAGGAACCAGGCAUCUCACAAGAAGGCGACUGUAACUUCCGAUUCCUUGGUGGAGGAAAACACCCCCCUCUGGUCUUGCUUCCAACGAUGCAAGUGUGAUUGCUGGCGUCUUCAUGAGCUCCAGAGGUCACAGCACACUCCCCCGGACUCUCAUGGCCCCCCGGAUGAUUUCUGAGGGAGACCUGGGAGGCAUUGCGCAGAUCACCUCCUCGCUCUUCCUGGGCAGAGGCAGCGUCGCCUCCAACCGGCACCUCCUCCAGGCUCGAGGCAUCACCUGCAUUGUGAACGCUACCAUCGAGAUCCCCAAUUUCAACUGGCCCCAGUUUGAAUAUGUUAAAGUGCCUCUGGCCGACAUGCCCCACGCCCCCAUUGGACUGUACUUUGACACCGUGGCCGACAAGAUCCACAGCGUGAGCCGCAAACAUGGGGCCACCCUGGUGCACUGUGCCGCGGGGGUCAGCCGCUCGGCCACGCUCUGCAUCGCGUACCUGAUGAAGUUCCACAGCGUGUGCCUGCUGGAGGCCUACAACUGGGUGAAAGCCCGGAGGCCCGUCAUCAGGCCCAACGUCGGCUUCUGGAGGCAGCUGAUAGACUACGAGCGCCAGCUUUUCGGCAAGUCGACAGUUAAAAUGGUACAGACACCGUACGGCAUAGUGCCAGACGUUUACGAGAAGGAGUCCCGACACCUGAUGCCUUACUGGGGGAUCUGAGCCACCGGAGCCCGCAGCAGCAGCAGCCCCUCGAGCGGUACCAGCAUCUGCUACACGCCGUCUGCUCCCCUCCUCACCUUUCUUUCCAAAUGGUGGACAAAUGCUCCUCCCUGAAGUGUUUUUUUUUUUACAUUGGGUGUUCAUGUUUUAUUUUGAGAGAGAGGGAGGGGAGGGGAGGAAGACACGGGGAAUGCUCACAUUGCUACUAACAUUUUUAAAACUAACAUUUUGGAAUAGUGUUUAUGAAAAUCUUGAACUGGCUUUUAAACAGUUUCAAGUUUCAACAUUUUUAACAAUUUCAACAGUUUAAUAAACUGGUUCUGCUCUGUUCUCAACCCCAUGCCUCUUGGCAUCAUGGGAGGAGCUCAGUGCAAAAAUCACUUUGGACCCCCAUUAACCCUUUAGGUACAGGCUUUGCCCAGGCUGCCAACCAAACAAAUGCUUAGGGAACACUGAUACCAGCAUCAGUCUCCACUGAAUCAGCCUACUCUUUUCCUUUCCUUCUUCUAUUAUUUAGUGACUCUGUAAGUUGAAAAAAAAAAAAAAAAGCCUUUAUUAUUUAGCUGUUAAAUAAUUAUAAUGCAAUCUGCUGCAAACACCCUCUUGGAAUCAGUGUGCCCCAGGAGUAUAUUAGCAUUAUUUUUAAUAAAUACAUCUGCUUAACA